CACAGAUUUUACAAGAUGAACCCCAAAAUCAGAAAACCCAAUAAUUCAUCUUCGAAGAAGGUCACAGUUUCCGUUCUCUCUGUUUUCUUAGUGUUCGUCUUCGUUAAUACUUUCUUCUACCCAAGUUUUUACUCUGACUCUGGCUCAAUUCGACGCAAUCUCGUUGAUUCUCGAGAAAGUUUCCAUUUUCCGGGAAAUUUUCGUAAAACGAAGGUUUACAUGUACGAAUUGCCGACGAAUUUUACUUACGGAGUUAUCGAGCAACACGGCGGAGAAAAAUCUGAUGACGUCACCGGGUUGAAAUAUCCGGGUCAUCAGCAUAUGCAUGAGUGGUAUCUUUACUCGGAUCUUACCCGACCCGAAGUUAAACGAGUCGGGUCUCCGAUUGUAAGGGUUUUUGACCCGGCUGAGGCGGAUUUGUUUUACGUCUCUGCUUUCUCUUCGUUAAGCUUGAUUGUGGAUUCGGGUCGGCCCGGGUUUGGGUACAGUGAUGAGGAGAUGCAGGAGAGUUUGGUGAGUUGGUUAGAAAGUCAAGAAUGGUGGAGGAGGAACAAUGGGAGGGAUCAUGUGAUUGUUGCCGGUGAUCCAAAUGCGUUGAAACGGGUCAUGGAUCGGGUUAAGAAUGCGGUUUUGCUUGUGACGGAUUUUGACCGGUUAAGAGCAGACCAAGGGUCGCUUGUGAAAGACGUAAUCAUACCUUAUUCUCAUAGGAUUGAUGCUUAUGAAGGCGAGCUUGGAGUUAAGCAGAGGACCAACUUGUUGUUCUUCAUGGGAAAUCGAUAUCGCAAAGAUGGAGGCAAAGUCCGAGAUUUGCUUUUCAAGCUGCUUGAGAAAGAAGAGGAUGUUGUGAUCAAACGCGGAACACAGUCAAGAGAGAAUAUGCGUGCGGUUAAACAAGGAAUGCAUACGUCUAAGUUUUGUCUACAUCUAGCUGGUGAUACUUCUUCUGCUUGCAGAUUAUUUGAUGCCAUUGCUAGUUUAUGUGUCCCGGUGAUUGUAAGCGAUGGGAUUGAGCUACCUUUUGAAGAUGUCAUAGAUUACAGGAAGUUCUCUAUAUUCUUGAGGAGAGAUGCCGCUUUGAAACCAGGGUUUGUGGUUAAGAAGCUGAGGAAAGUGAAACCAGGAAAGAUUUUGAAGUACCAAAAGGUUAUGAAAGAGGUUAGGCGAUAUUUUGACUAUACACAUCUAAAUGGAAGUGUGAACGAGAUCUGGAGACAAGUUACUAAGAAGAUACCGCUAAUCAAACUGAUGAUUAAUCGGGAGAAGCGCAUGAUCAAGAGAGAUGGAAGUGACCCUCAAUGUUCUUGUUUAUGCUCAAACCAAACCGGGAUCAUCCAUGGUGUCUAGUAAGGUUAAAUGCCUAGCAAGCUCAUGCUAAGCAACAAAAUGUGAUCAUUAUUAAUGAUGAAUCAAAGACUGGAAAGGAACAACAAGAGAAACCACAUCACUCUCUAAUUCCGGGUCAAGGGUUUGAUCAAGAAUGCGCGUUUCCUGGUGGGUUUUGACUUUGGGAGUGUUAAAUAUCAAGAGAGAUUCAAGCAAAGAGAGAUCUCAGGGCACGCUCCCAACCCUCGACCCUCUCAGGCUCCCCUGCAUGGUUUUGCUUCAGUUGCUUAAAAGGAAGGGAAAACUCUCCAUCAAGAUUGCCUUCUCCAUCGGGAUUGGCUGCUCUUUUUACAUCGUCCGAUCUUACGUUAUAGAAGAUUGGAAUCACCACGAGUUUCUUUUCCUUCAUCUGUUCAUUCAUCGUCACAAGCUCAUCCAAACACCACUUUGACUCACAGUACCUCUUGGAGAAGAUAGCAAGCGCGAUUUUUGACUUCUUGAUCCUUGUGAAGAGAUAUUGUAGUCUUCUCCCUUUCUGCUCUUUAGUGUCUAUGAAGACGUUGAUCCCUGCGUUUCUUAAUUGCAGCUCUAGAUGGUUGACAAAGAUUUCGCGCAGCUCAUCUCCUCGGAAGUUGAUAAACACCUGAUCAGAAAGAGGUUCUUGGACCUGCUCAUCCAUUGGAAUGGUGUCUAGGUUCGUCUGAAUAAAAAAUAGUGAAUAUAGUUGGUGAGAGACUUUGUUGUCUCACUUUGUCCUUUAAAAUACAUUACAGAGAAACGAUUCUUUAAUUCUUCAGACCAAUCAGUGGCUCGAUGCCAAGUCUGCGCCUAUCCUCAGUCUUUCUUUAAUAUUAUACAACAUUAUUGUC